UCUGGAAAUGGUGAUGACGUGUCAGUAUCUUAUUGGUAAAGAAACGUUGUCUCCAGUUCUUCCGUUAAGUCGUUCGAUUUUAAUUAAUAAAAAAAUACAAAUGAAAAUGAAAAAUCUUGGAAACUGCACGAUCUAAUCUAACCCGAUCUCCCUCUUUAAAGAACAAAAACAAAAAAAAAAGAAAACCCGUUGGAAACGUUUUGACAUUUUGAUUUGGGAAUUGAAGGAAAUUUAGGGUUUUGGAUCUGGAAGAGCGAAAAUGAACAUAUUCAGAUUCGCCGGUGACAUGACUCACCUGGCCAGCGUUCUCGUCUUGCUCCUCAAGAUCCACACUAUCAAAUCUUGCGCUGGUAUUUCUUUGAAGACGCAAGAACUUUACGCCAUCGUUUUUGCUAGCCGUUACUUGGACAUUUUUACUGAUUUUAUAUCUCUUUACAACAUUUUGAUGAAAUUAAUAUUUUUGGGAAGCUCCUUUUCCAUUGUUUGGUACAUGCGUGGCCAUAAGAUUGUUCGAAGGUCUUAUGAUAAAGACCAAGACACUUUCCGCCAUUAUUUUCUUCUAUUGCCUUGCGUGCUUUUGGCCCUUGUCAUUCAUGAGAAAUUCGCCUUCAAGGAGGUAAUGUGGACCUUUUCGUUGUAUCUAGAAGCUGUUGCCAUUCUUCCUCAGCUUGUACUCUUGCAAAGGACUAGAAACAUCGACAACUUGACUGGCCAAUAUGUGUUUCUUCUUGGUGCAUAUCGAGGAUUAUACAUUCUUAACUGGAUUUAUCGAUACUUCACUGAACCACACUAUGUCCACUGGAUACCUUGGAUUUCUGGGAUCGUUCAGACACUCCUUUAUGCCGACUUUUUCUACUAUUAUUUUGAAAGCUGGAAGAACAACAAAAAGCUAGAGCUGCCAGCUUGAGUUCCUCAUCUUCAUGACAUGCAAAUGAUUCCCAAGUUCCUAUCAAUAUCAGUGCCUGGGAUUUGCUAAUUUCUAGCUAAACUUAUGUUAAAUUUUUUUAUACUAUCAUCACAUUUUACAUUACAUUUAGGGAUGUAUACCUUUUUAGAUCAAAAGAUCUAUUAAACUGCUCCAUUGUUAAUUAUGUGCUCAAAUUGCUGAAUCAGAUAUCCGAAUUGCCGGAUUGUAUCCCUUU